GCCUCGUUGAAUUGUGUUUUGUUUUUCUUAGUUAUGGCAUUUCUCUUCUUGAAGAACCUCGCAACUUUUGCUGUACUUAUGCUUAUGUUGAUGAUAAUAUUGAUAUCGAAUGUGACCGUCAUUUCCCCAACCUGCGAUAUUUAUUCUGACGGUUCUAGAUUCUUCAGCUGUGUGAACACUUCAAAUACUACGGAUGUUAACUUGAGUUUGAUCGAGGUACCACAAUAUGAAUAUUCUUACACCUAUGUAUUGGUUACAUCUUUUUUUUUUUUAUUCGCGUGUUUCCUGAACGAGGACUUCUAUAACCCAUUCGCAUUAAGAUACAUAGAUAGCAUUGAAGAUAUUACUGACUAUACAUUCGAUGAUUUAACCAACGAAGUUGUAAAAUUGAUCAGAUUCAAAACAGACGUGCUAUUCUUGAUGAGAGACGUAAUUAAACAUAUAUUUGAUAUUCUACACAUGAUUGUUCACCUCAUAUUGUCUUACGGUUUUUCUUUCUACUGCGCCUUGAAUAUGGGAUAUACCACAGAAGAGGCUAAAUAUGAGUUUUUUCCAUCAGUGAAAAAGUGCAGUUUUGAUCAUUGGCCUUUCCGAGCCGAGUGCAAAGUAGGAUAUGGCACCGUUCUCAAGGGCGUCUUUGUCGUCUUAUGGAUGUGGUAUUUCGUCACAAGUCUCAUCAUCGUCUGCUGUAUAAUAAACAAAAUUUGGAAAUGUUAUAAAACAAAAAAAGGACUCAGAUAUAAAAAUUUUACCACGUUGGAAGACUGGCUCGCUUUUAUAUGUCAAGAAAAAAUAAUUCAUCUGAAUAGGAUGUCGUGUCGUCUUCACAUAAAGGAUUUCGAAGAAGCUGCGAGGAGGUUGGUCUUGGAGCCACAGGUGAAGAGGUUGGGGCCGCGAGACUUGGAAAUAGAGAUCGAAUUGGAAACUCUCCUCCCAGUCAUCUCUAGCUCUUGGCCAUCCUUGGAUUCCCAGAUCAGCCAUACAGAAUGAUCAAAUUUCCACGUAUCCAGUCCAUGUAAGCUCCACUCGUAUAACUCGUAUUAAUUUGUUUAAGUUCUAGUAUUAACUAAAACAGUAUAACCGUCAACAUAUUUAAGUAUUAUAUUAUUAAACUUGAUCUCUUAUCUAUCAAUAAUUUUCAUUCUAUUUAAGGAAGAGUUUAUUUUAUUUCAAUAAUAACAACCUCUAAUAAAAGAAAUAUUUAUUUAAAAUUUUAUAAGGGACUUACAUAUAUAACUUUUUUUUUCUUUAUUAAAUCAUCAGAAUUCUUAUUCAGACAAACCAAAAGGAACAUUAGAUAAUUAUAGUUUUCUUGAGAAUUUCUUCUAUUCCAUUUUCUUUUUUCGGUUUUGGUGAAAUUUAAUUUUAAUUUUUAUCUGUGUUGAUAAGUCAGAUUAAGUCAUAAUAUGCACAGUUAUUUCAAAUUAUUUUCAAAUCUAUUGUAAUGAGUCAACUCUCGUAUAAUAUUAAUUAUAAUCAUUUGUUAAUUGGAAGAGAGAGUUGCAAAUUUGUAAAAAUAUAUUUAUUUAUUUAUUAGAGAUUGAAAGAUUUUCAUGUAGCUAAUGUAUGUGAUUAUCAAAAAAUAAAAAAAAUAGUUUUAUGCCAAACGAUUUUAUUGUGUAAACA